AUGACCUGCGACGCAAUUCGGCGGAGAGCUCAGACUGCAGCGAGCAGCGGCGGAGGGCAACAACUGGGACUUCUGUGGUGGAUCCAGCAGCCUGGGGCCGUCCGGAAAGUGCAAUCUGAAGAGCCCAGGCUCCUGGGCAGUGGUUCCAGGACGGAGAGGCGCUCCACGGCUGCUCCGGCGUCUGCAUUCGAAAUCCACUGCGUGGUCAGCAAGACGCUAUCCCGCUGUCCCCUGGACCACAGAGCUGCGAAGACGCCACAGGGAAUCGCCAUACCAGGCGGCUUAGACCGCCCUCCUCGAACGGAUGGCCGGGCACGGAGCGCCAGCCUCUCCGGGAUCGGACUGGGUCUGCGUGCCGGACCAUCGCCCCGGAGUCGCCGCGCUGAGACCCCUCACUACAGGCCACCGAGCCGCACCGUGCCACCGUCCCCUGAACUUGCCGAACGACACCAGGGACCCCACACUCCGGAAGCCUCACCGCCCCAGACCCGCCUAGACCGCGCCGGGGAUACCUCACCGCGCCGAGAGCCCGCCCUCCCGGACGCCAGGGCCGCCUCGCUCGGCCCGCGCUCGCUAAGCCGCUCCUCCACCUCUCGGUCAGCUAAGCCGCACCGGGGCCGCCAGGACGGGGCCGCCACACUCCAAGCUGCUUCACCACACCGGGCCCGCCUAGACCGCGCCGGGGCCACCCCACCGCGCCGGGAGCCCCAACUCCGGAGCUCCAGGACCACCGGCCGCCUUACCGUACCAGUAGCGCCGAGACCGCGAGGGGACCACCGCGCUCCGACCCCGUCCCACCGGCCCGGGCCCACCACGUUCCCGCCGCCUCACCGCCCCGCGCCGGCAGCCCUCCCUCUGGAGCGCCUCCCUCUGGCCGCCUCACUGCACCGAGCCCGCCUGGACCGCGACGAAGCCCCCUCACCAACGCGGUCGCCGCGUCCCGGUCGCCUAACAUCGCAGGUUCUGCCUAGACCGCGCCGGGGACACCUCACCGAGCUGGGUGCCCGCUUUCCGGGGCGCCGGGAUGGUCCCACUCCGAGCCCGCCUCACCGCCCCAGAAGCCGUCCCUCGGGGCCUCCCGGAUCGCGGAGCCCGCGAAGGCAUUCGCACUCGGAGCCCUCGUCACCGCGCCGAGCCCCGGAGCGCGUCAGCGUGAGCGCGCCGCCGCACUUGGGCCGGUUCUCGGCGCCGGGGCUGCCUCGAGCGUGCCGGGAGCCCGCGCUCCCCGUCGUCAGCACGUCGUCGCCGUGGGAGCCCACCACGCUGGCCCGGUCUCCUCACCGGCCCGCCGCCGCCGCCCUGCCGGGAGCUCUGAGUCGGCAGCGCCGGGAGCGCACCACGUCGCUGCGCCGGGCCCGUCUCGAGCGCGGCCUGUUCCGAUCCACGUCGCCAAUGCGACUGCCCCGCUUCGAUCCCCCGAGCUCGGCCACGCCGGGCUCGCCGCACUCCAGCCGCCUCGCCGCCCGUGGUGCACCGCGGCCGGCACGCCGGGAGCCCGCCCUCUGGGGCAUCGGGACUUUCUCCGGCCGCCCAGCGCGCCGCCCGGAGCCUGCCACGCCGCCCAGGGUCCGCCGGGCGAGCCGGGAGCCCGCACUCGCCGACGUCCUCAGAAUGCCCUCGCUCCGGCUGCCUCGCCGCCCCGAGCCCGCCCCGCCGCCCCGGGUUCGCCGCUCUCGGCCUCGGAACCGGGUGGUCAGGCCGGGCUCCCCACCCUCGGAGCCCGGCCCGCCGCCCCGGGAGCGCCGUGCCGCGGCCUCCUCCCCAGGCCGGAGCCGCCUCGCCGCGCCGAAUCGCCACACUCGGAGCCGCCUCACCACGCCGAGGUGGCCGCGGUCCCAGCCCGCCACACCACCCCGGGAGCGCGGCGGCGCGCCGCGAUCUCUCAGCCUCGGGCUCCGGGCCCGUGUCAGCGGCCCGGGCCAGCCUCUCUGGGGCAAUGGGACCACCACGCUCCGAGCCCAGCUCACCGUGACGGGGUCGGCUCGCUCUGCGGACCUGGGCCCAGCACACUCGGAGCCCGCCUCACCGCUCCGGCCCCGGCUUACCAGGGCGCCCCCGAGCCCACCGCAGCGGCCCAGGACGGCCUCUGUCCGGGGGCCCGGGCGCACCACACUCCGCGCCCGCCUCACCGUGACGGCGCCGCCACUGGCCGCGGCCUCGGGCCCACCGCGCUCCGAGCCCGCCUCACCGUGA